UGACGCGCAGACUUGCACAGUGCAGAUGCGUUAGAUAGAAACCACCGAACUAUGCGGGAUAUUUCUCAGUGACUGAAAAAAAAUUCUUUUGCCUUCAAGGUGAUAAGAAGUCGGGCGCCCGUAACCUCAUGACUGACCGUGAACGGAGCUAUAUUACCUUCCACCUGCGCUUCAGUUGUUUCGGAGUUUUUCUCUUGCUGUCUGCGGGCGCUUAACUUUCUCGAGGAAGCCAAACGCGCUUCGACACUUUUUUUUUUUUGGCACUUUGGCACAACUCGGGACGUGGUCCGCGCCAGGCGUCAGGCGCAACGAGUCAACAAGUGGCUCUUGUUUGCGGGUAGAGGAGGGAGAUACUGAAAAGUCCAAGUUGAAAGUUGAUUGCGGGGGAAUUGUAAGUAGAUUAUCUUUUAACCCGCGCCACUGGAAGGUGAAGAGGAGUUGGUCAGCACCAUGAGAGGACCGGUGGUGUUCCAGAUGUGGAUGGUUUUAUUGUUGGGGACUGUAAGCGGGGUCGGGAGGGCUCAGGUCUCCCCUGCCAAAGUGAUGAGGGGCAACAACAGGAGAGACGACAGCAAUCGCCUCACCACAGACUUGUACCGCAAAGAGGAAAACAUCACGGUAACACCGGUGGGCGGAGCCAUCCACAGCCCACGCUACCCCAACGCUUACCCACGCAACCUGCUGUUGUCAUGGAAACUGCUGUCACCACCGGGGAGCCGCAUACACCUGGAGUUUGACGGACACUUCGGCCUGGAGGAGGCUGAGAGUGGAGUGUGCAGGUAUGACUUUGUUGAAGUGGAGGACCAAUCAGAGACCAGCACUAUAAUUUGGGGUCGCUGGUGUGGGCAGAAGGCACCACCUAGUCUCAACUCCAAAACCAACACACUCAGAGUCACCUUCAAGUCUGAUGAUUACUUUGUUGCAAAGCCAGGAUUCAAAGUCUACUACUCCCUGCUGUAUGACUCCUCUUUACCUGCAUCCCAAACCAACUGGGAGGCUGUCACUAUGCCCAUGUCGGACAGUGGUGGAGGGAAGAUGUCGGCGGCAGUCACAGAGGAGGUUCCUUUCUCACUGGAGGAUUUAGACAGAACCAUAGCAGCCUUUGACACUGUGGAGCAGCUUCUCAAAUCCCUAAGCCCAGACACCUGGAGACAGGACCUGGACAGCAUCUACACUCAAACACACAUACAAUACAGAUCCAGGGCCUAUCAUCUGGCAAGCAGACAUAGCAAGGUGGAUCUGAACCGUCUCUACGAUGACGUCCGGCGGUACAGCUGUACUCCUCGCAACUACUCCGUGAACCUGCGCGAGGAGCUGAGGACCACCAACGCUGUCUUCUUCCCUCGCUGCCUGCUGGUGAAACGCUGUGGAGGGAACUGUGGCUGCGGAACUGAUAACUGGAAUAACGGCUGCACCUGUCAGGCCUCCAAAACAACACUCAAACUACACGAGGUGCUGAAGUACUCCCCAGAAGCCACUCUGUAUCAGCGCCAUCGGAGGCUUCGGGUUCGCUGGGUCAUCGAUGAAAUCUUCCUCUCGCAUCAUGAAACGUGUGAGUGUGCGUGUCCCUUCCAGCCUCCUCGCUGAGACACUCACACCGCCGUGUGCAUCUGGAACUGUGGGAUGACUUCUUCUUUUAUCUGUUUUGCAAUGGACUAAUACUAUAACGGCACCGCUGAAAAACAUGCAGCAAAGAAGGCAAAAAAAAUUGACUGAUAAACUGUCCGCUCGUAUUAUACACAAUGACAUUUGCUGUUGCAGGUAAACCUCCUAGCCUUUCUCUGUCCAGAAGUUUAAAAGCAUUAUUGUUUCCAGCCAAACAUUUCUUUCAGCUUUCUGCAGCCUGGUGUUUAAAUCUUCACUGUUUAGACCAUAUUUUAACAUCACACGUGCAUCUUUAAGUGCUAAAAUAACAGUGAACCUUCUCCAGAGGAAUUCACUUUGAAUUCAAUCAAAUUUUUCAAAUUAAAUUCUGAAAACCAUUUGAAAUGUAUAAAAAAGAUCCUCAUGCAACAUUCUGAGAAAAUACCAGCAAUGUUGUCUUAAACUUAAAUUGCAUUUUGAUUAAAAGGAUUUUGAUGAAUGUCAACUUGAUUGAAUUGAAAUUGAAUUGACUCCAACUUCUAUUCAAACAGUCUUCUACUCAUAUUUCAUGUGUAUACAUUUGCGGUUUGUUUGUGUUAGAAUUAAACUAUUUCUAGAAACUUCAGGCGACUUUCCUGCCAGGAGCAUGCUGAGAUGAGUGAGCAUGAGACAGAAGGAGGAAGGCAGAGGGGUUGGAGGAAGUUUACACCAAAAUAACACUUUAUCUUUAUGUGAAAUUAGGCUAACUUCAACCCUCCAGUUGUGAAUCACACGCUGACACACUCACAUUCACUCCAGGCUUCCUAAGAAACAAAAACUCUAGUUAUUUCUACAGAACUCUAAGGGUUGCUUUGUUUUGCACACAUUCCUGUCUGGAUAUAUUCACACUUCCCGUUGUCUGUUCAUCCAUCCACACACCUCAUGCUUCUUUUCUUUCUCUCUCACUGACUCAAACACACACACACACACACACACACACACACACACACACUCUAUCUCUAUCCCUUCAUCACUUUCUCUAACACAUCAAAGGAGACGUCAGAUCAUGCCGCUGUGCUGUGCCCGUUUUUUUUCCGAGCAUUCCUGGCAUUCCAGCUGCUAGACUAAAUUCUGCUAACGCGGAUAAAACUGUGAUCCUCGGACCCUAAAAACAUAACAGAGGAAAAGAGGGAGAAACUCAGGAAGAGCGAUGGAGAGGAAGUUUUUGAGGAGAGGUGGCUGACAGAAAAGGGACAAUCAAGCGGUCUAUUUGUAGAUUACCAGCACUCCAGGAUGAGAGAGAGAGAGAGAGAGAGAGAGAGAGAGAGAGAGAGAGAGAGAGAGAGAGAUGCUAUCAAGGUACAGCACAUGAAAGAUUGCUGCCCAUUCAGCGGUUUCAAUCAGCAUGCAUGCUGUUUUUGGCUUUUUUUUCCCCCCCUUUCACUUGAAAAUGCUAUCACAGUCUGACCCACUGCUCCAUAACUCUGCAGAGAUCUGUAGAACUUCGAGUAAUGUUCUCGGUCUCGGCUGAAAAUACAACUGAUACUUGAGUGUGUGUGUGUGCAGCUCAGGAAGAGGUCCUUUUGUUUCAGGGGUGGAGGGUUACCGACAGUCUGUGAGAGUCUGGCAGCAGAUACAAGCAUGUGAGCGGCUGUGAGUACAAGUGCGUGUCUGUUGUGUGCUUGUGUAGGUAGCUAUCAGAGCUAUCAGCAGCAUCAAAGCAAUAGAGCAAGAAUUCAAAUUAGCUGCUUUACCAUUUUUUUGUUCCAUAGACACAAUCCAGCUGUGAGAAGUAAAAGACAGUGUCAUCUGUCAUCUCUCCAUCGUCACCUCCCAUGUGUUUCACCAUCUACACAGUCAGGCUGGAUUUAUGCAGAGAAAAUGGGAUUUCACGCACUACUUUUGUUCUAAAGGCAGAAAAAACAAAGAAUAACUGGACACUGAGACGACUCCUUGGUCACAGUGAAACCCGAUCAGCUGCGUGCCAGCGGCAUUUUUAUGAGCAUGUGUCUACUGUAAGUCAAGGGUAUUAUUUGGCAGGUGUGUGAUUCUAAACACUCUUCAAUAUCGCAAAAGUAUGUCAGGUUGUGCAGUAGUCACAUAAUUUAUCCCAGACAUCAUUCGCACAAACGUACACAGAGUUGUUUUUGGCUGCAGUUCAGUUAACAAAAGCAACUUUGUUUCGCUGCAAGCUUUUGUCUUCGGUUUCCUUGUGAGGUUUGCUCUUGAUUCUGUGUCACACUUUGAAACACAAACAUAAACACACAGUAGAGCUCGCACAAAGCGAGUGAUUUGUUCAGAUUUCACAGAGAGACAGUUGACAAGUAAAUGUAUUUUCAGUAGCUAACGAACCAGACGGUCAGGUUGGUUAAAAUGUCAUUUUUUUUGUUUUUCUACUUUGGCAAAUAAGAACUUUCAGAACUAAACACAAGAAAAAGCUGAUUCAUUAAUUGUUGAUCAAUAGAAACGCCAAAUCGUCUCUGAAUAUUCUCUAAAGUUGAAGGAUUUGCUGCUUUACUUUGUUAUAUAUCACUGUAAACUAACUAUUUGUGAGUUUUUGGACAUUCAAUUACAUCAUCUUCUGCAGUUUUUGGACAUUCCAUAGACUGAAGGAAUAAUUAAUUAAAUCAAUUGCAAAUGUAUGUGAAAGGGAUGUGUGUUUGUGUCUAUGCAUGUGUGUGUGUGUGUGUGUGUGUGUGUGUGUGUGUGUGUGUGUGUGUGCAUCCUGUUUGUUGGCGUUAUCAGCACAUUCCAUUGUUGCAUGCUCCAAAGUGACAUUCCUCUUUUUCCAUGUAGUUGUUUUGUUUUCUCCUCCAGUUCUUCACAGUGGAAUCACGUGUAUUUCUGCAAGUAAGAACUUCAAAACCACACAGCAGAACUUCGGGAACAUUUCAUAUUAUCUUUCAUAUUAGUCUAAUUUUUCUUUCUAUUCAUGCUGUCAUAUUUUCAACUCAGAAAAAUUGUUGCUGUUAGUUUUAACAAACAAAAGUCAACCUGCUUUGCUGCAUUCCAAAAAAAAAAAAAUAUUCAUGACAAAACUGUAUGCUUUACUUAAAUAAUUUAUUGUCUUUCUCUGUUGUUUUAUUAAAAAUAUCAGCUGGUUGGUUUUGAUAAAUAAAGUAUUUCUAGCAUUACUGCC